AUGUCACUUGCUCUUUGGCUGGCAUUUUUCUAUGUUCUGGGCGGCUUAACGCUUGUCCCAAUGAUGGCUCUUUCAGUUGUUGUUUUCCUUUAUUGGACCUUACCACAGGUUCCUUCUGAUCAAAACCCCUCACUUGUAUACGACAAAAUCGCCAAAUCAAAACCCUCUUUUUCAGAUGAAAGCUCCCCCAAGAAAAAAGUUAGCAGGCCUAACUCUGUUUCUUCAAUCAGCUCCGAUACACUUUCGUCGUCUGGCUCACAAAAUAAUAACAAUUCAAUAUCUCCAGCAAUUCAUGAUACCAACCAUCCUGCCGUUCUUCGUCAUUCCUCUACAUCUUUAUCACUUGACCGCGAGCAUGAAACUGGAGUGGACGCUUACUUUGCCGGAAUCUUAGUCGUUUCCCGCAACUAUUUCAUAUACCCCACCGGAGGACCAAAUAACACUGGCAAUCCUCCUCCUCCAGCUUCUAACCAAGCUGCUAUGAACCAAAACGAAAGUGCAUACUCGACUUUAUACAAGCUUAUUUCAAAAUCAAAAUCUUCAGUCACAGUCUCAUCUAUGGAAACAACAUCUUCAUCUUCAAUUUCUCACUCAAGUUCGUUUUCUGAAGGUUCCAGCGAAACCGGCAAGUUAACUACGUCGUCUACCUUUUCGUCAAUAACGUCUUCCUCCACAUCGUCCUCAACACAGUCCAAAAAAUCAAAGCUUAUAAAAUACCAUGCCAUUUUGCGUCAUGGAAAUUUGUUUCUCUAUGAAGAUCCAGAUCAUGAGCAGUUGACCCAAGUAAUUGUUAUUGCGCAUCAUUUAGUGACUUUAUGGCCGCCAAAAGUUCCAGAUGGGGAGCUUUUUGCAAAAAGAAGUGCCAUUUGCCUUGUUAAAAUUCCCUACAAUCAUGGUUCAUCUAACCUUUCUGAUUAUGAAAUUGCUGAGAUGCUUUCUAAUCCUAAAGAACCCCCUAAAAAUGCAUUUUACCUUUAUUCAGAUAACGCUUCUGAAAAAGAAGAUUUUUACUUUGCACUCAUUCGUGCUUCUAAACGUUAUACUCUUCGCUCAGCAGCUGAACCCACUAAGCCAGUUUCAUUGUUUAACCCUGUGUACAUGGCACACCCCCUACAUCAUAGAACUUCCGACAUUAUGGAUCUUAUACAAACUUUGCAUUCCACUGAUUCGAAUAUUCAAACCCGAUGGCUCAAUGCCAUCAUUGGCCGUAUUUUUCUUGCCACUAAGGACACCCCACCAUUUACCAACUUUUUGAUCAACAAGAUAUCUAACAAACUUACUAGAAUUAAACGUCCAACUUUUCUAAGUGAGAUUUAUGUCACGCAGCUUUCUUGUGGCGACUCUAUACCUUAUAUCACCCACCCCAAACUUUCGGAACUUACUCCAGAGGGUAAGCUGACUAUUGAUUGUGAUGUUUCCUACAGUGGAAACUUUUCUCUUCAAAUCACAACCAAGGCAACUCUGAAUUUGGGGUCAAGAAUUAAACCUAGAGAGGUUACUAUUGCUUUGGCAAUCACACUAAAACAUCUUGAGGGGAAACUAAUUUUGAAAAUCAAACCACCACCAUCCGAUCGUAUAUGGUACACUUUUGAGGUUAUGCCAAAGAUCUCGCUCCUUAUUGAACCAGUUGUUAGCAGCCGUCAAAUUAAAUAUUCAAUUGUUACUAAAGCAAUUGAGAAUAAGUUUCGUGAAUCAUUUCGCGAAUCUUUGGUUUACCCAAAUUUUGAAGAUAUUUCAUUUUUCAAUACUUCAUCUGAAGUAUACCGAGGUGGUAUUUGGGAUUCAACAGUGCGUCCUAAUUUCCCAGAGCCAUCUGAUGAAGUUUACGAUUCUGAUGAUGACACGGCAGAAGAUAGUAAUAAUACGGUGACUAAUUCAGAAGCACUUGUUUCGUCCUCGGUUGACCCACCAACAGGCAACCUAAAACAACUCCGCCAUCGAAAAACCACUCCUAAUUUACGUGUGGAGAGCCCUAAUGGUGCUGAAAAAGCAACUUUAGAGCAUCGACGGCCUUUGUCUCGUAGUUCAACUCGUUCUAUGGAUUCUCUUAUUGGCCAGUCUUCUUCGUCGCCUAAUAACAAUGAUGAUAUUGAAGAUAAAAGUCAUUUGAAAUCCAGAAGUGCGCCUAUGAGAGAGGAUUCAGAUUCUUCUUUGUUUAAUGGCAACACCCUUAGACAAGAAAAUGAUGUUCCCUUGGAGGGAAGAAGAAAACCAAGGUCUGUGAGUCCUACACCAUCCAAGGCAUCUUCAGUCAGGUCUGGAACAAUUAUGAACGCAGUAAAGAAAUGGUGGCCAAUUAAAGAGACUCAUUCUGUUGAGAACAAUGGCCCAUUGGAUAGAUUGGCGCAGAGCCAGGAUGGGGAGGAUAUGAAGCGGGAUCUGUCACAAGAAAGUUUACGUCAAAAAGUUAAAACCGCUGCAUCGGAAUAUAAAGCUACUUUCCGAAAUUCACGGACUGCCCGAUUCGGUAGUUUUUCUGGCGAGUCCAAAGAUGACGAUGCGUCUUAUUUUAAACGGCGACCUUCUCCUGGACCAUCUAAUUUGGUUACUAGUACGUCUAUGAGCAAUAUUAAACCUGCACCUCUUCCACAUAAUUUUCCACCUGAGUUGAUGAGCAUGUUAGGGAAAGAUGAUGGAGAGAUAGAAAAGAAACAAGAACGACGUCUAAAACGUGGCAAGUCAGUUGAUCGAGGCGGUGAUAGAAGUACGAUAGUUUCAGAUAAGAAACCCACAGAUUCCGCUACGGUUUCUGCAGCAGAUAUUGCUACUACUACAGGUAUAACAUCAUCUGUCACAUCCUUCAUUAGCACAACUCCGUCGCAAGAGCUUUCAGAAUCACAAGGCCAAGAGGUUUUUAAAGAAGAUGGGUCAAGUGAUGAUGCCAUCAAGCAAGUUGUCAAGCCCACACGCAUUGCUCGUAAACCUGUCAAAACUGAAUCAACAGUUUCUUUUCCUGAAGAGUCUAAGAAAAAAGUUAUAUCAGCUGAAUCAACUAAAACCGAAACUGAAACCGAAACUGAAACUGAAAAUGGCGAGGAAAUUGACCACAAUCCUUCCGUCCAGAUGUUGCGUAAAACUUCAUAUACAACAGCAGUUACUUCGCCAGUAAUUGUUACAGGAGAUAGUAUCUCACCUGCAGUUCCUAUUGCCAGAAAGAAAAAGCGGUCUGACAGCUCAAACAGUAAUUACGGCGGAAGUGGGGUUGGGUCACUUUCCUCAUCGAGUGGAAGCAACACGGAUGCGAUUUCUUUUAUGAAUAAGCAGCAUAACAAUGGGGGGACUUCUGUGUCUACAGGAUCAUCACCGUUGCAUUCUGCUGUGACAUCAGCAACAACCUCUCCUGUUCUUCGAACAACCCAGGAACCACGAUCACGCCGUAGCAGCAGUAACACCAAUUACGACGGAAUGGCAUCGUUUAAACUUAGCAGCGGUGGAAGUGGAACGAGUCUUAGUAGCCGAGCCAAUGCUACUAGUAGUGGUGGUGGAAAUAAGGGUACGGAUGAGGGGUUCUCUUUGCCAUCUGUGUCGUCAUUUAAACGACACCCUGCAACAAUUGUGGUCAAUAUUCCUUCUCCCCGGUCUUUCCCUAAGAUUCCUGAGGGCCCGAUAUCUGAGAUGCUAACAUUAUCAGAAAAUAGCGGAACUUCUCAUCAAUACCAUAAAAAACCACAUAUUAAAGAAGACGAGGAUUAUCCCGGGAAUACUACUGUGGACAGAGCAAAUAGCGUUAGCAGCAACAGCAGUAACAGCAAUAGCAAUAGUAACACCUUGUCUGCAACAACAGCGAGCACCAUUUCAUCAGCCGCAAGUUUCAUUGCACGUGGAUUUUCAGUACGAAGAAAGGCAGUCAAGCCGGUUGAACCCUCGGAUUCAUCUACAAUUAAGGUGGAUGAAGAAGUUGAGCAAGAGCAGUCUUCGCUUGAACCGGAGUUUGCUUUAAAAAGCACUACUGGUGCACCUGCUGAGCCACGACUUCUUCUUCCCAAAAAUCAGAGCGAGACUGGGCAUGUCGGACACGAUGGGGGUCUUCAUAAAGGCGGAUUUGUUUCUGAUUUUGGGGGUUCUUUGUCAGAAAACCACAAGGAUGAGAUCAGCCAAUCUACAGUUUCAACCUUGCCAAUUCCAACCCCUUCUUCAAAAGUGAACAGUAGUAUUAAUAAUGUUACUGGUAGCCUCAAAAAGGCUACCCCGCCUUCCUCUCCACGGUAUCGCCGACGAAGCAGUGGAGGAGGUCGCACACCAGCAUCCCCUAUAGCAGAGAACAAUAGCCUUGGCAGUAAUGAUGGCAGCAUCAGCGGGAGUACGAUUGGAGGGGGGUCCAAGUCACCUUCGUUUUACUCUCAUCAAACACAACAAACACAACAGAAGCAAAAAACACAACACUGCAAUGCACCUGAUAUGAAAACACCAUUGCUUGCUAAAUCUCCAUCACCACUACUCCCCAAGAAUGAAGUUUCUCAUCAUCACAAUGCAUCCCCGGCAUCUGUUUCAGCAGCUACUGCAGCAGCUUUGGCUGCAACUAACGUUAGUACAAUAAUGACUGGAGGGUCAAAUAUUCCUCACAUUGCAGCUCCACCGAUAGCAUUGCGAAGUAAGACGCUUUCGAAGCGUGUUUCAAAUGAAAGGCUGCGAUACGGAGUACCAGGAAAUAGCAGCAAAGCAGGUGUGCGAGUUAUUAGUGAGGAGUCUGGAGGAGUAUGUGAUAGUGGUGAGUGGGAUCGGACAAGCCACAUUUCAGGAUAUGAGGAUGAUGCCACGACAGCGGCUGCACUUGCUACAGCAUCUGCAGCACUAGUAUCUCCUGCUAAUGCUUUGACAACUGAUGGGUCUGGGUUUGGGGAGAUGAUUGCAAAGCCUGUGCCUGUUCCUACCACGUUUACACAUGAUAUGACAUUGGACGAGUUUUUGAGUGCAAAGGGUCCACCGACAUAUCACAGUCACAGCCAUACUUUGGGAAAGAGUACAAGUUCUCAUUUCAGAAGUUCUGGGUCGAGUUUUAAUGGAAAUAAUGGACAAGAUAGUGGAAGCUCUUCUGGUGGAGACGGGGUCGGAUACGGCGUUGCAGUGUUUGGGUCUCCUGAACUUGGUCCUGAUCCCGCGACAGGUUUAACUGCAGGUUCUUCUGCAAAAACCAACUGUGUUGAUGCCAAUGGCCUAACAAGCAGCAGCAAUACAAAUAGGAUUGCAAGUGGAGAUGGGGGGUUGAUUACCACGGCUCCACAGGCCAUUGCGAUUCCAUAUCCGGGUCAACCGUUAAGUACAGGAACUUUUAUGGGACGACCCCAGAAUGGUCUUCGUGGUGGCAGUGGCAGUAGCAGUGGCAGUGGCAGUGGCGAUAUUAACGGAGAGACAUCUUCAGAGGGACGAGACAAUAGUGAAUUUUCAUUUCUUUGA